AAAAUAAAAUGCAAAAUGGUAAUUCGAAAUUUAAAAAUUCAAGAUGAAGACAGCUCAAAAAGCUGUAACCAACCCUCCCCCUCUGUAGUCUGUCCUGUCGCUACAAAAAUCCUCUCCCCCACCUUAGUUAAAUAAAAUUUUACAGAUCCAAUAAUCCACCCAAUCCCAUAUUCUCAUCCUUCAACCUGGAAAACAAAAAAAAAAUACUCAGGCACUAGAAAUCUGGAAUCUAUUUAUCUAUUAUCUAUGCUGAAAUGCGGCUCUUAAUAGCCACUAGUGGGAUCCGCAUGACAGGAUUUCUCUGUCUCUCUAUCUCUCUUGUAGUUUGAAUGUUUGGUAGAGUUUGUUUACUUUACAGUUAAAGUUAUCAUAUUUUUUAUGCUACAUCUAUGAUUUAUGAGCAACAAUCAAAAAGUUGGUAGUAGUAUGUAUAGUAGUAGUAAAUCCUGGUGAAGAGUGAAGAAGAGUGUAUUGAAAAAGAUAAUGUUGUGUAGGAAAAAGUCAUGUGUUGAUGCUGGUGGUUCAAUUCCAGUAUACCUGAAUGUCUACGAUAUCACACCAUUCAAUGGCUAUGCUUAUUGGUUUGGUCUUGGGGUCUACCACUCUGGCAUCCAAGUUCACGGGGUUGAGUAUGCAUUUGGCGCACACGAGUUUCCGUCGACCGGGAUAUUUGAAGGGGAACCUAAGAAAUGCCAAGGAUUUCUGUUUAGAAAGGCCAUAUUGGUUGGAUGGACAGAGUUUAUGUCAGAGGAAGUAAGGAAGCUUAUGGAGGAGUUGGCUGUUGAGUAUAAAGGAAAUGCUUAUAAUUUAAUCACCAAGAAUUGCAAUCAUUUUUGCAAUGAUGCUUCUAUUAGACUCACUGGAAAUCCUAUCCCUACUUGGGUCAAUCGCCUCGCCAGAAUCGGAUUCAUAUGUAACUGUGUGAUUCCAGCAACUAUAACAACCACGAAAAUCCGAAGCCGGGAUCACACAAAGGAAGAGAAUGACAAUGUUGUUAAAGAUGAACAAGAUAAGAAAGUGGCAUCAAACUCAAACAGGUUUAAUACAUCUUCAUCUUCUUCUUCGUCAUCACCUUCUGAAACUGCCCAAACUGCAACUAAAAGUAGCAGGAGGAGAAGAUCAGUCACACCUUCUUCACCUUUGAUACUGCCUUCUUCUACUAGCAGUAACUCUUAGAUUCAAACCUUUUUUUUCUUUUUGUUUUUUGAAUUGGGAGGAUGCCUCUUUUCCAUCCAUCAAUGCAAAUACAAAUUCAGUGUCGUCCUAUCUUUAAUCUUUA